CGUUCCAUCAUCUCCGAUGGAGCCAAAAUUUCACCAUUUUUUGGCUUUGGGGUGUGAUGGAAUAAAUCAAAAUGGAUCUCUAAACUGUCUGCGCUUCUUUAAUUAAUGAAGUAGCAGUUAGUCAAGCAAUGCAACUUUCGACGUUGAGCCGGGGGUCUCUUUGGAAACAGCCUCUCUACUUUCGAGUAGGGGCAAGCUUGCAGUUUUGCAGCAAAACCUCUCUGUGGUUCAUGAGAUUUGGAGAGAGUGUACUAAGCACUACAAUCCCAGCAUCCUUUGUCUAAGAAAGUUUAUAUGGUCCUUUUCGAAGUUAAGGGAUCUGGAAUCUGCACACUCGAUUCUGCAACAAAUGGUAGAUGCGGCCUCCCUGGAAGAUUUUAUUGUUUGUCAAACUGCCGAUGGAAAGAUGCGUAGCUUGAGAUUGGAUAUUCCAGCACUGUGCCAAGGUGAUGCAAGUCUUCUAAGAAGUGCCACAAGAAAUAGAAGUCACAGUGAGCAAUGCUCUAAUGUUGACACCAUAAAGAAACAGGGAUCUGACAUUUCAAAAAGUACAGUAAAAAUACAAAAGCAAAUUGCUGCCAUGAAGUUGUUGCGGUGGUCUUUCAGUGAUGUCAUACAGGCUUGUGCAGUCAUGCAAAAUGACAUUCUUGCAGAAAAAUUACUAAAUCAGAUGCAAAAUCUUGGGUUGAAACCAUCAAGACAAGCAUAUAAUGCUUUCACAAUGGCAGUUCUUUCUGUAAGAGGUGUCCAUGAUGCCACUGAAGUGCUGAAACUAAUGGGGAAGAAAAACUUGAAACCUUAUGAUUCGACUCUAGUGUGUUUAUCAGUUAGCUGUAGUAGAAUUUCGGAGCUGGAUUUAGCCGAACAUUUUCUUGAUCAAGUAUCUAGUUUUGAAGGUCCCUAUCCUUUUAAUGCCUUGCUAGAAGCAUGUAAUUUCCUGGAUCUACCUGAAAGAGCUAUCCAAACGUUGGCUAAGAUGAAAAAAUUGAAUAUACAACCAGAUAUCAGGACAUACGAGUUAUUAUUCUCGCAGUUUGGAUGUGGGGAUACACCUUACACAGAGGAUGGUUUAAUGUUUCAAAAUGAUGUUUCCAAAAGGAUACAUGCUAUAGACAUGGAUAUGAUGAAGAAUGGUAUCCAUCACAGCCAGCUGUCUAUGAUGAAUUUGUUGAAAGCACUUGGGGCAGUGGGGCUUUUAAAAGAGAUGAUUCAAUACUUGCAUGCUGCAGAGAACCAAUUUCCUCACUAUCAAACUUGUCUUGAAACUUGUCACUAUAACACAGUCUUGCAUUUUCUUGUCAGGGCAAAAGAAAUUAGUAUUGCUUUUGCCAUAUUCAAAGGAAUGAUAUCAUGUGGGAUCCCGUGUGAUGCUGCAACUUACACAAUAAUGGUUGAUUGCUGCACUAUAAUGAAUGACUUCAAAUCUGCAUCUGCCCUGGUUUCCAUGAUGAUCCGAGAUGGUUUCAUUCCACAGAUAUAUAUUUAUACAAGCUUUAUAAAAAUUCUGGUUGUAUCAGAAGAAUUUGGUGAGGCAUUUAAACUACUCAAGAAGGCAAUAUCAGAGGGGAUCCAGCCAGAUGCAUUGCUUUAUAAUAGGAUUGUUCAAAAGGCAUCCGAGAAGGGACGAAUAGAUGUGAUUGAGAUAGUUGUGGAGCAGAUGCACCGAUACAGAGUUCAGCCCAACUCAUCUAUUUGCCGUAACAUAUUCCUUGCAUAUGUAGACCAUGGAUUUUACAAGACCGCCAUGGAAGCAUUACAAGUUUUGUGUAUGAGGAUGAUAUCUUUAGAAGAAAGCACUUUGAAGGAACUACGUGCAGAAUAUGAACACCUGAUUCUCAAUGAUGAGGAAGUGGAAGAUUAUGAAAGGAAGGUAAUCGAGCCUCUCUUUGAGAAAGAAUCUAGUAGAAGAGACGACCAUUUGGUUGCGAUGCUCAUAUUAAGAUGGUGUGCCAUGCUUGGAUUUCCAAUAUCUUGGUCGCCUAAUCAUAGCCCUUGGGCAAAGAGGCUAUCACUUGACUAUGACCUCUCAACACAAGCCAAGAAUUACAAAAACCAUGAGCCCUAGUCAAUGCCGAGGUGUCUAAAUUGGUGCUUGGCACACUAGAAGAAAAAGAUAAGUUUUGGCUUUUUAAGGUUUUUGGUUUGAUUCAUAAAUUCCAUGUAACUUAGGAUAUCAUUCAAAUGCUGACACUUGACAGUGUAUAUAUGUUUGGGUCAAGUAGAAUCCUUUGGAAUUGGCCAAUUUAUUGGUGAAAUAAUUUUAGUGUACUUCAAACAAGCUCUUUUGAGGUGAAAAUGUUAUUUUAACCAAACAUCUCUUCUAAGGCUAAAUACUCACAGGGACAGGGUUCGGACACACAGUAUCGAUUUGGUUAACAGGACCGAGUUGCAGGCGAAGGUUCUCCUUCCCAAGGACUUGUUCGACGACAUUCAGGUAUGCACAUUUAUCCUUUCCCAUCUUCUCCCUUUCCAUUAUUUUGGAGGCACAUUUUAUAAAUUCUAACUAUUGAU